AUGCCAUACAAUGAAGAAACGAUUAAGAGAAUGCUCCCUAAGACAUAUCUUCGUAAACAUGUGGCCCAUGAAAUAUAUGUGGCACUGACUCACUUCAAAUAUCUUGAACCCAUGAUGGAUACCUACGUUUACAAUGAUGGAACCACAAAGGUCUUGAUGAGUCUAACCGGAACUAUUCCUGUCAUGUAUGCAGACAAGACCUACAACAUCCCCAUAUGCCUGUGGGUUGAGGAUAUACCCCCAGACUGCACCCAUCUGCUACGUCAAACCCACACGUGACAUGAUGAUACUAAGAGGAAAAUAUAUCUCCAGCGAUGGCAAAGUCCUGCUGCCAUACCUGCAGGAGU